AUGCCCAGCCCACAGACAAGCCCAUCAGGAGGGAAAGUACGCCACUGGUUCCAAGUCGCACGAGAACGUUUCAAAGCAACCAAGAUUGGUGUGAGCGGUUCCAUGGUCCAGGUCCGGGCCACCAAGAUUGCCGCGCAGAUGAACAAGACCGACUUUAAGGCGACCAACGGCUGGCUACACCGCUUCCUCAAACGCUACAACUACACUCACGUCAAGCUGCACGGAGAAGCUGGCGAUGUGGACACGGCGAAGGUGGCCGAGGAGAUAGAGCAGAUUCGGGAGCAGCAUAAGGAGUUCGAUGUCGAGUUCAUCUUCAACAUGGACGAGACGGGACUUUUCUACCGCUGCUUCCCGCGAGUGCCAGUACAAGACGGAGAUGGUGACCAGGCUGGCGGACCUCAUCGAAGACUGGGACACCGUCCGUGCACGAAAGAUCCGAAGGGGUUGCCGGGGCCUCAGUGAUGCAGGGCAGGCAACAAUGCUGGACGUCACCGAGAUCCUC